AUGGAAGCAAUCUUCAACUACGAAAACUUCCGUCUCGCGCCGCGCUUCGACGCACAAGCACAAUCAUCCAUGCUCCGACCAAACCCUAAACUCGAGCAUGCCCUAGCCAACUCCUCUGCCAACGGACUCCCACCCAUCAACGUGCUGCCCAUUGCCGGCCAGCACUUAUCCAUCCUGACACAACUAAUCGGCGCCAAAUCCGUACUCGAAGUUGGAACGCUGGGCGGAUACUCGAGCAUCUGUUUCGCCGAAGCGGGCGCAAAAGUAACCAGUAUUGAAAUCGACCCGAAACACCGCGAGACAGCGCUGCAAAACGUGGCGGGGCUGGAUGUCGAAGUCCUGCUGGGGGCUGCGUUGGAUGUGAUGCCCAAAUUGGCAGAGGAAGGGAGGCGGUUUGAUAUGGUCUUUAUCGAUGCGGAUAUGACCGACCACUGGGAGCAGUUUGAUUGGGCUGUGAAGCUGACUCGGGCUGGUGGAUGUGUGUUCUUGGAUGAUGUGGUGGCUGCGAUGAUCAAAGAUGGGCAUCCACAGGAAGGAAAGGAGUCUAUUUUGACGCAGGUGGGCAGGGAUGAGAGGGUCAAGGCUACGCUGGUGCCGACUGUGGCUUGUCACCCCAUGGCUCCAAAUCCAGUGUUUAAUGGAUACGUGCUAGCUAUAGUGAAGGACCGCUAA